UCACUAUUUUACUCUUUGGUGCAGAUGUGGAUACAGUAUUGUUCUUUCUUUGUGAUUUUUUUUUUUUUUAUGUCCUUCCAUAAUGGACCCUGCAUGGUAUUCGGAUAGAGGAAGUGGCUGACAUCCAGAAAUCCUACCAGUGGCUGGACAAAGCCGGACUGAAAGACAGCCCAGAGGCACGAAUCAUGGCAGCACAGGAACAAGCUCAGAGCACAAGAUCCAUAGAGGCUGGGGUCUAUCACACCAGGCGAGAGCCCAGCUGCAGGCUGUGUAAAGAUGCCCCUGAGACAAUCCAGCAGAUAAGAUGCUAGCAGGCAGGGCAUACAUGGAACGCCAUAACCAAGUGGCCGGCAUAGUAUACAGAAACAUCUGUGCCAAGUAUGGCCUGGAAGUCCCGAGGUCAAAAUGGGAGAUGCCCCCUUGGAUGGUGGAGAAUGACCGAGCUAAGAUCCUGUAGGACUUCCGGAUACAGACGAACAUAAUGGUGGUGGCUAACCAACCGGACAUAGUGGUGGUUUAAAAAGACGGCCGUAGUAAUAGAUGUAGCGGUCCCAAAUAAGAGCAACAUCAGGAAGAAGGAACACAAGAAGCUUGAGAAAUACCAAGGGCUCAGAGAAGAGCUCGAGCAAAUGUGGAGGGUGAAGAUAACAGUGGUCCCAGUGGUAAUCAGAGCUCUAGGUGCGGUGACUCCCAAGCUAGGCGAGUGGCUCCUGCAGAUCCCAGGAACAACAUCGGUGAUCUCUGUCCAGAAGAGCACAGCCCUAGGAUCAGCCACAACUCUCAAGCUCGAGAGGGCGAGAGGAUAGAUAGAACUGUCCUCUUAAGUUAGCAUGGCAACCCUGAAUCUUAAUCCUAAAAUCUACCUAAAAUUAUUUAAAUCAAUUUAAAAGUUUUUAAUACAUAUACUCACUUCUGUCAAAUAAAAUUAUUCUGACAUCCAAGUAGACAUUUUUAUUCUGUGUUUAAUUUAUUUUGUUGGUUUGUAAUGUUUUUUACAGACCAAAGUAUCAACUGCAGCGUUAAUGAUUUACUAUUUCUUUCAUUGAGGACCUUUGCUCUGUUACUGCCACACCUUGUAUUAUAUGCUGCACAGUAUAGGACUGGAAUUUGGCAGACAACGCAAAAAGCAUUAAAUCUCUGGGUACACAGAAUUCAUAGCAGAGAAUUUGUUUCACAGCCAUGGGGAUAUCAGAGGUUUUUCUCCAGUCCCUCAGUUCUGCUUUCUUGUUGGGGGCACUGACGGUAAUCCUUCUCAUCUAUUUUAUCUUCACUCCAAGCUUCAAUUCUCAAAAAAACCAAAAGGGUCCUCCAGGACCCAGACCACUUCCUGUGCUGGGGAACCUGCUGCAGUUGGACCUGAAAGGACCUUACAAAACAUUGCUGGAGUUAUCCAAGAAAUAUGGAUCAGUCUUCACGGUAUAUCUGGGACCUAAAAAGGUGGUGGUCCUAGCAGGAUACAAGACAGUGAAGGAAGCACUUGUUGACUUUGAUGAUGUGUUUGGAGACAGAAGUCCAACGAAAAUUGUGCAUGAAUUAACCAAAGGGCAUGGAGUUUUGUGGUCCAAUGGUGACUCAUGGAGAGAAAUGAGACGCUUUGCAUUGACUAAACUGAGAGACUUUGGAAUGGGCAAGAGAGCAUGUGAGGACAAAAUAAUUGAGGAAUGUCAACAUCUCAUUGAAGUAUUUAAGAAAUUUAAAGGAGAAGCUUUUGAUACAACCCAAGCAAUUAACUGUGCAGUCUCUAAUAUUAUCUGCUCCAUCGUCUAUGGCAGCAGAUUUGAAUAUAAUGAUCCAGAGUUUACAUCUCUGGUAGAUCGAACAAACAGAAUUGUCCGACUUGGUGGAAGUCGCUCAAUACAGAUGUAUGAAAUGUUUCCAUCAAUCCUGAAGUGGACUGCUGAUAGGAAGGAAGGUUUCAAACUGGCUGCUGCCAAUAAAAUGCAAAACCUUGCCUUCUUCAGUCGCUUAAAAGAGACUCUGAACCCACAGAUGUGCAGAGGCUUUGUGGACGCCUUUCUGGUCCGCAAACAAAAUCUGGAGAAAUCUGGGAUUACCAACAGUCACUUCCAUGAUGAUAACCUUUUGAUAACAGUCAUGAAUCUGUUUGCUGCCGGCACUGAGACAACAUCAACUACAUUGAGAUGGGGACUUCUGCUUAUGGCCAAGUAUCCAAAGAUGCAGGAUGAGGUCCAGGAGGAGCUGAGGAGGGUCAUAGGAGACCGACAGGUGCAGGUUGCUGACAGGAAAAACUUGCCCUUCACUGACGCCGUCAUCCAUGAGAUACAGAGACUGAGCAGUAUCGUCCCCACUGCACUCCCUCACAAAACCACCCGAGAUGUCACUUUUCAGGGUCACUUUAUCGAGAAGGGAACCACAGUGUUUCCUCUCUUGACAUCUGUCCUGCAUGAUCCAAAUGAGUGGGAGAGACCACACAGCUUUUAUCCUGCUCAUUUCUUGGACAAAGAGAAAAAGUUUGUCAAGCGAGAUGCCUUCAUUCCAUUUUCUGCAGGUCGCAGGAUUUGCCUGGGAGAGAGUCUGGCCAGGAUGGAGCUCUUCCUCUUCUUCACCACCCUCCUGCAGCAUUUUCGUUUCACUCCUGCACCUGGAGUUUCAGAAGAAGAAUUAGAUCUGACUCCAGUUGUGAGCAUUACUCUCAGCCCUUCGAUUCACAAAUUAUGUGCUGUUUCGCAAAUGUGAGGAAGAGAUGGUCUUAAAAAGCUUUUGUUGCCCUGCGAAAAUAAAUCAGCCUAAUUUUUGUCGGAAUAUUACCUUUUGUCCUGUUGUUUCCUUUAUUUCAGAGUCACUGAUUUACAAAAUCUUUAGUUCAUUUGUUCCUUUAGUUUCAAGGUAAUUUUAUUAGCCCAGUCUCAUGUAGGUAAAGAUGUCAUAUCUGCGUGUUGGCUUUAGAAUAGUCUCUGAAUCGCUGUCUGUAAAGUUUUGAUUGACAAUAAAGGCAGAAUGUUUUGAUUACUUAAAAAUGCUACACCAGCACAUGUAUCACUCUCUCACUUGCUCUUAAAGAUGUAACAUGUUAAACAUGUUUCUCCACAAUAAAGAUCAAAUGCUGCACCA